UAGGCGGUGCGCCGUCUGCACUGCGGCACAGAGCCGUGGCUUGCUCUGAGCCCGCGUCGCUGGUGGGUUGAGUGGCUGUGCGACUGCCCCACUCCGCGCCCGCCCCGCUAGGCGCGGGCAGUCAAUUUGCACUGCCCCGGGUGUCGGCUCGGGCGGGACAGGCCGUUCUGCGUCCUCCUCUCCAGUUUCUUAGACAUUUCUGCAAGAAGAACAUGAAUGUGGAUCUCCAGGGAAUUGCAGCAUUAACCAGUAAUGCCUUGGGCCUGGUGUGGUGGCUCACAACUAUAAUCCCAACACUUUGGGAGGCUGAGGCGGGCGGAUCACAUGAGGAUCCUGAUUGAGUCAGUUCUUAACAUUCUCAGUCCUCUGCAUAAAGCUGAGAAAUGCCUACCGCUGAGAGUGAAGCAAAAGUAAAAACCAAAGUUCGCUUUGAAGAAUUGCUUAAGACCCACAGUGAUCUAAUGCAUGAAAGGAAAAAACUGAAGAAAAAGCUUGUCAGGUCUGGAGAAAACAUCUCGCCUGACACUAUUAAAAGCAAUCUUCACCAUAUUAAAGAAACUACAAGUGAUGAUGUAAGUGCUACUAACACUAACAACCUGAAGAAGAACAUGAGAGUCACUAAAAGCAAGUUGAGGAAUACACAGUCAGCAACUGAAAAUCCUAAUGGUGAUGUUAGUGUAGAGGAAGACAAACAGGAAAAGCCAAAUAAAAAGGUGAUAAAGACGGUGCCCCAGUUGGCUACACAAGACAUGAAACCAGAAACUCCUGAGAAGAGGGUUGAUUCUACAUACCAGAAAGCACAUACAAAGCCACAACCAGGUGUUGAUCAUGAGAAAAGUGAGAAGGCAAAUGAGGAAAGAGAAAAGAAUGAUUUAGAAGAGGAUGAAGAACUGAUGCAAGCAUAUCAAUGCCAUGUAACUGAAGAAAUAGCAAAGGAGAUUAAAAAGAAAAUAAGAAAGAAACUGAAAGAACAGUUGACUUACUUUCCCUCAGAUUCUUUAUUCCAUGAAGACAAAUUGAGCAGUGAAAAAGGGAAAAAGAAAAAAAAGAAAGUUCCUAAAGCUGAAACAAGUACAUUGACCAUCUCUGGUGACAUAGUUGAAGGUGAACAAAAGAAGGAGUCUCCAGUUAGACCAGUUACUUCAGAUUCUCAUCAAGAUGGUGAAAUAAGUUCAAUGGAACAAAACGCAGAAGACAGCAUGGAAGAUAAUUCAAAACCCAAACCAAAAAAAACAAAAAAGAAGACUAAAGCAGUUGCACAUGAUAACGAAGAUGUUCAUGGUGAUGGUGUUCACAAAAUCACAAGCGGAGAUAGCCCAGUUUAUCCCAAAUGUUUGCUUGAUGAUGACCUUGUCCUGGGAGUUUACAUUCACCGAACUGAUAGACUUAAGUCAGAUUUUAUGAUUUCUCAGCCAAUGGUAAAAAUUCAUGUGGUUGAUGAGCAUACUGGUCAAUAUGUCAAGAAAGAUGAUAGGAAACGGCCUGUUUCAUCUUAUUAUGAAAAAGAGAAUGUGGAUUAUAUUCUUCCUAUUAUGACCCAGCCAUAUGAUUUUAAACAGUUAAAAUCAAGACGUCCAGAGUGGGAAGAACAAAUUAUAUUUAAUGAAAAUUUUCCCUAUUUGCUUCGAGAUUCUGGUGAGAGUCCUAAAGUCAUCCUGUUCUUUGAGAUUCUUGAUUUCUUAAGCAUGGAUGAAAUUAAGAAUAAUUCUGAGGUUAAAAACCAAGAAUGUGGCUUUCGGAAAAUCGCCUGGGCAUUUCUUAAGCUUCUGGGAGCCAAUGGAAAUGCAAACAUCAACUCAAAACUUCGCUUGCAGCUAUAUUGCCCACCUACUAAGCCUCGAUCCCAAUUAAGUGUUGUUGAGGUGUUUGAAUGGUGGUCAAAAUGUCCAAGAAAUCGUUACCCAUCAACACUGUAUGUAACUGUAAGAGGACUGAAAGUUCCAGACUGUAUAAAGCCAUCUUACCGCUCUAUGAUGGCUCUUCAGGAGGAAAAAGGUAAACCAGUGCAUUGUGAACGUCAGCAUGAGUCAAGUUCAGUAGACACAGAACCUGGAUUAGAAGAUUCAAAGGAAGUAAUAAAGUGGAAACGACUCCCUGGGCAGGCUUGCCGUAUCCCAAACAAACACCUCUUUUCACUAAAUGCAGGAGAACGCGGAUGUUUUUGUCUUGAUUUCUCCCACAAUGGAAGAAUACUAGCAGCAGCUUGUGCCAGCCGGGAUGGAUAUCCAAUUAUUUUAUAUGAAAUUCCUUCUGGACGUUUCAUGAGAGAAUUGUGUGGCCACCUCAACAUCAUUUAUGACCUUUCCUGGUCAAAAGAUGAUCGCUAUAUCCUUACUUCAUCAUCUGAUGGCACUGCGAGGAUAUGGAAAAAUGAAAUAAACAAUACAAAUACUUUCAAAGUUUUACCUCAUCCUUCUUUUGUUUACACGGCUAAAUUCCAUCCAGCUGUAACAGAGCUAGUAGUUACAGGAUGCUAUGAUUCCAUGAUACGGAUAUGGAAAGUUGAGAUGAGAGAGGAUUCUGCCAUAUUGGUCCGACAGUUUGAUGUUCACAAAAGUUUUAUCAACUCACUUUGUUUUGAUACUGAAGGUCAUCAUAUGUAUUCAGGAGACUGCACAGGGGUGAUUGUUGUUUGGAAUACCUAUGUCAAGAUUAAUGAUUUGGAACAUUCAGUGCACCACUGGACUAUAGAUAAGGAAAUUAAAGAAACUGAGUUUAAGGGGGUUCCAGUUAGUUACUUGGAGGUUCAUCCCAAUGGAAAACGUUUGUUAAUCCAUACCAAAGACAGUACUUUGAGAAUUAUGGAUCUCCGGAUAUUAGUAGCAAGGAAAUUUGUUGGAGCAGCAAAUUAUCGGGAGAAGAUUCAUAGUACUUUGACUCCAUGUGGGACUUUCCUGUUUGCUGGAAGUGAGGAUGGUAUAGUGUGUGUUUGGAACCCAGAAACAGGAGAACAAGUAGCCAUGUAUUCUGACCUGCCAUUCAAGUCACCUAUUCGAGACAUUUCUUAUCAUCCAUUUGAAAAUAUGGUUGCGUUCUGUGCAUUUGGGCAAAAUGAGCCAAUUCUUCUGUAUAUUUAUGAUUUCCAUGUUGCCCAGCAGGAGGUUGAAAUGUGCAAACGCUACAACGGAACAUUUCCAUUACCUGGAAUACACCAAAGUCAAGAUGCCCUAUGUACCUCUCCAAAACUACCCCAUCAAGGCUCUUUUCAGAUUGGUGAAUAUGUCCAUACUGAAAAUUCUUCAACAAAGAUGCAACUAGUCAAACAGAGACUUGAAACUGUCACAGAGGUGAUACAAUCCUCUGCUGCAAAAGUCAACAAAAAUCUCUCAUUUACUUCACCACCAGCGGUUUCCUCACAACGGUCUAAGUUAAAGCCGUCAAACAUGCUGACCACCCAAGAGAUUCUACAUCCGUUUGGUUUCACUCAGACCGGGUUUAUCAGCAUGGAAAGAAAGCCUUAUAACCAUCAGGUGGAUACAGCACCAACGGUAGUGGCUCUUUAUGACUACACAGCGAAUCGAUCAGAUGAACUAACCAUCCAUCGCGGAGACAUUAUCCGAGUGUUUCUCAAAGAUAAUGAAGACUGGUGGUAUGGCAGCAUAGGAAAGGGACAGGAAGGUUAUUUUCCAGCUAAUCAUGUGGCUAGUGAAACACUGUAUCAAGAACUGCCUCCUGAGAUAAAGGAGCGAUCCCCUCCUUUAAGCCCGGAGGAAAAAACUAAAAUAGAAAAAUCUCCAGCUCCUCAAAAGCAAUCAAUCCAUAAGAACAAGUCCCAAGAUUUCAGACUAGGCUCAGAAUCUAUGACACAUUCUGAAAUGGGCAAAGAACAGAGCCAUGAGGACCGAGGGCACAUAAUGGAUACACAGUAAAGAAUUGAAGAAAAGUGAAGAGAUACCCAAAUGCACAGAGGUGAAGUGACAAACCAAAUGGAAUUUCUCUUCAGAGUUCAGAAUUUUCAGACACUAACGAGGAAGAAAGGAUCCAUUACUUGUUGUUCUUGUGAAUGACUCUAGAAAAAUCAGAAUCAACUUGUGGGUGGAAAAAUCAAUGUGGCCUUUGAUUGUUAUAUACCGUUGUGAUUGUUAGUUGGUCAAAGUAUCGGUACUUGUAUUAUUAGUAGUUGCAUCAUAAUUACAUUACCAGUGUUGGAAAACUAAAGAAGAAAACACUAUAAUUGCUACUCAGUAAAUGUGAAUAAAAGGUGUUUGCAUUGUUAGGAUGUCUGUUAAGUAAGCAUUUAAUAUUAUUAUAUCGGUAAUGUGGUUAUAUUUGUGAUGUUAUGGCCAGAAUAUGAAGUAUCUGCUUUUGAAAUUUACUGUAUUUAAAAGAUAAGCAGCUGGCUGGGUGCGAUGCCUCACGCCUGUAAUCCCAGCACUUUGGGAGGCCAGGAUGAGCAGAUCACCUGAGGUCAGGAGUUCAAGACCAGCCUGACCAACAUAGCGAAACCUCAUCUCUACUAAAAAUACAAAAAUUACUCGGGCGUUGUGGCAGGUGCCUGUAAUCCCAGCUACUUGGGAGGCUGAGGCAGGAGAAUUGCUUGCACCUGAUAGGCAGAGGUUGCAGUGAGCCAAGAUCACACCAUUGCA